CCCUGCAAAUUAUGCCACAAGUGCUGCUUAAGGAUGUAUUACACAUGUACAUUUCUUUAAUCUGAUGUCUUGUUUUCAGUUUUAGGUGGAUGGUGUAGCUUCUGGGUGUCUAAAGCAGAUGUGUCCACCAAGAGUCUCAGCAGUGUACUUGGACCAGGAAAAUCUAAUGUGCUAUGUAUUUCUUUCCGUCCAGGAACGGUGGUUUAUUAAAGCCUCAUCAUAUGAGCAUUCCUCUGAAUAAACUUUUCACCUCAGAAUUCUUAAUAAAUUGUUUGAAUACUGUUGAGAACAUUGAUAUGGGAAUGAUGGGAAGAUUCAUGCCAUUUUUGCUUGGGAUGGAUAUGAUACCGUGUUGUUGCCUCUAACCCACUCUUUCUGUUUUGUGUCUUUGUCUUUCCCUGCCCUCCUCACUCCAGCUUGGCUCCACCUUUGUAAGGUACUAUCACAAUGCAGGUCUGAUCUGAUGAAACCACAACUAAUGCCGGUGCCUGCCUAUAAAGGGAAGAGAACACAGACUAUAAACUUGGGAUUUCUGGCCUCUUAUUGGUUGGGAUGAAAGACAGCAACCACAAUCUCUAACCUCAUCUCAGAACUGCCAGAGGAUAACUGUAGAAACUACUUGGAACGCUGCAAAGUCUGGCCACAGGGAUGGGCAGGAUGCGUUCCCAUGGUUUGGAAUGGAUAUCGGUGGAACGUUGGUUAAACUGGUCUACUUUGAACCUAAGGACAUUACUGCAGAGGAGGAACAGGAGGAGGUGGAAAACCUGAAAAGCAUUAGGAAAUACUUGACCUCCAAUACAGCCUAUGGUAAAACUGGCAUUCGUGAUGUCCACCUUGAACUGAAAAAUUUGACUAUGUGUGGACGCAAAGGAAACCUGCACUUCAUCCGCUUUCCCAGCUGUGCCAUGCACAGGUUCAUACAGAUGGGUAGUGAAAAGAACUUCUCCAGUUUGCACACUACGCUCUGUGCCACGGGAGGUGGAGCUUACAAGUUUGAGGAGGACUUUAGAACGAUUGCUGACCUACAGCUCCACAAACUGGAUGAAUUGGACUGUUUAAUCCAGGGCCUCCUUUUUGUUGAUUCUGUUGGUUUCAAUGGCCAACCAGAGUGCUAUUACUUUGAAAAUCCUACAGAUCCUGAACAGUGCCAGAAAAAGCCUUACUGCCUUGAUAAUCCAUAUCCUAUGCUGCUGGUUAACAUAGGCUCAGGGGUCAGCAUCCUAGCUGUGUAUUCUAAGGACAAUUACAAGAGAGUUACAGGAUCCAGUCUUGGAGGAGGAACGUUCCUGGGCCUGUGCUGUCUGCUCACUGGCUGCGAGACGUUUGAAGAAGCGCUAGAAAUGGCCGCGAAAGGAGACAGCACCAAUGUGGAUAAGCUGGUGAAAGAUAUUUAUGGAGGAGACUAUGAGCGGUUUGGCCUUCAGGGGUCUGCUGUAGCAUCAAGCUUUGGUCAUAUGAUGAGUAAAGAAAAGAGAGAUUCCAUCAGUAAAGAGGACUUGGCCAGAGCUACUUUGGUCACCAUCACCAACAACAUAGGGUCUAUUGCUCGCAUGUGUGCAUUGAAUGAGAACAUCGACAAGGUGGUAUUUGUGGGCAACUUUCUCAGAAUUAAUAUGAUUUCUAUGAAGGUGCUAGCAUAUGCUAUGGAUUAUUGGUCCAAAGGACAGCUGAAAGCUCUGUUUUUGGAACAUGAGGGUUAUUUUGGAGCUGUUGGGGCUCUUCUAGAAUUGCUUAAAAUGACAGAUGAUCAGUGAUGUCUGAAGAGCUUCCUACUGCAGAUGCUGCUGGAUAAGAAGUGAAAGCCACUACAAGGAUGGAAACAAAGCCAUUAUGGUAGUUCUACCUGCUGGAUUUGUAAAUAAUUUUAAAUCCUUUUAGCUAAUCUUUAACUUCUUGGGUUUUGACCUUAUAAUUCAGAAUUCAUACUGGGAAUUAUGAGGAUUUUUUUUCUGUACACUGUAUUUUUUAGAGGAAAAAAAUGUGCAAAGUGGCCAAACAUACAGAUUGUAUGGAUUUAUUUUAAAAAAUUGAUACUGUUUAAUGUAGGACCUGUGAUAUGAGGCAUCUGCUUUUCUUCUGGGGUUUACUGAUUAGUGUGGUAAUUUUAACUUCAUUUAGUAAUCACUCUAGGAGAUUUUUUAAUCUUAUUUUCAUGACGUUUCAUGAUUUGUUCUUGGUUUCAAAUGAAACUACAAAGCUGAUGCAUUUUACUGUGAAAACUAGUCAUUGAUUUUUUUUUUUUUACCUUUCCUUUCCUCAUUAGAUGAGACACUUUUUUAUUUAGCACCCCAAAAAAAUAAAUUUACAAGCCUUCUGUGGCUAAAUGUGUUUCUUGGCAGGACUAUGAGAAGGCUUGGCAGGGGUAGGGGGUUUAAGAUUGUAACUUUUUGGUAGUCGUGAAUUGCAACAGGAACAGACUGCCAACUGGUUUUGCAGGAUUAAUUCUUCUCUACAAUAAAAAUCUUAAACAAGAUGUGAACUAAAAGUUUAAUUGUUGAAUUAACACUAAAAUGAAAUCCUGUUUCUGUUGAAAAGCUCUGAUCUGAAGAGUUCUGUAGUAGAGAUAUUAUUUAUAUGGUACAUACUUGGCAUUACAUAGUAAAGGGAGAUUGUUUUCAUUUGUUUUUCUGUAGUCUGCAAGUUUUAACUUGUUCUUAAUUGAAAACAACUGAUAACUGCAUUAUUCAAAGCCCAGUUACUAAAAUUAGAAAAGUACUGACUAAUCUAUUUUCUGCUUUUAAGUUAAUGUGAACUUUUCCUCCAGGGCACUAAAAUUUGAAUGUUUACUCCAAUGCAGUAUUUUCUACCUUUUUUGAUUUGUGGACCUCUCUAGAUUUUUUUUUUCAAGUUGAAUUGAGACCCCUUUGAAAUCUGUGUACUUAGGUUGCUGCAGAGCAUGUGUAAACUUGCUUUUCUUAGACACCUUGAGGACUGAAGAGGCUGAAGAACAGUUUGUCUUGCAAGACUGUAUAUGAUGUCACAUAAUGUAAAGGAUCAUCAGAGGGACAGUAUAAAAUUCAGACACAUGUAUUAUCCAGUAUAUUUUUGGAAGGGGGGUUAUUUCACUUUUCUAAGUAAUUUUUUUCCGUAUCUCCCGAAUGCUGAAAAAAGGUGAUAUUAACUGAAGUGUUAACUUGUCUAAUGGAAAUAAAGACCACUACUGUUUUGACAGUUUUAAUGUA